AUGACCAACAACAACCACGAGGAGGAUCGGCGCUGGGUGCCCCCUCGGGACGUGCAGCAGCAUGAGCCUUGGUUGUUCCAGAGCGCCAACAUGAGUCCGCUGCCAGUGCCGACAUCUUUGCCCAGUCUUUCCUUGUCAGAGAGCGACACCUCGUUCUUCUACUUGGACUUGGACAGUUUGAAGAGUUUGCUGCCUCCGUCCGAUAGCCGACGUCGUCCGAGAAGUAGUGAGGAUAACUACAGCAGCUAUCGUGCUGCUCGUGGGCCGUCCAGUCGAGGACGACAAGCUCCUCCGGCGAGAUUGGAAGCGUUGGGCUCCAGCUCAAUUAAAGCUGUUGACAAGAAGCUGCGACCUUGCAAGCGAAGGCGACAAAUAGGUCUGGCAUCCAAGCAAAAGCUCCGUCGAAAGGCUCUUCGUCUGGACUCGGCCAAGGUGCGGCCAUCCACACAAGAGCUACUGGACCCAGAUGCGGCUGCUGUGUACUUGUCGCCCGCUAAACGCGCUCGAAACAAGGCGAGGAAGAGUAAACGGCUGCAGCCUGUAGGGGAAUUUCGCCCAGGAACGAGACGAAGAGCAGCGAGGCAUUACGCGUUCGACUACGACUCGGACGGCCAAGAACGAGCUGAAAAACCGGAAACUCCAGCUGAAGAUCUUGACGAAGAGCAGCGUCAAAAGACUCUGAUUGCUACACACUUGAACUUGACAUUGGAAGAGUACGAGCGCCUGGAUGCAGCGUUCGGAAAUGCCUCGCAGUCCAGUCUGGCGUCGGAGGACGAACGCUCCAUGACGAAGCGAUAUCGCGAGGAGUUCCAGGAGUUUGACGCUGAUAACAGUGGAUCAAUAUCCCCCGACGAGCUUCGACAGCUUCUGCUAGCGUCGGGUGAAGACAUGGACGACGCUGAGCUCGCUUCCAUCAUCCAACAAGCCGACACAGACCAUGACGGUGAGAUUAACUUCCACGAGUUCAUCGCUCUUAUGCGCGCUCGCAAGAGACUUCUUCAGGUGGCUAACCACAUGGGGGUGACUGGAAAUGGACCAACAAUGCUGCCGCCUUUGAAGCUCGCAGCUCGACAAGCCAAGCGACAUCUACAGCCUCGGAACCGCGCACUUGUUGUGGCUCGCUCGACGCCGUCUUGUCUUCGUCCUGGAGCGAAAGUGGACAUCGGCGAUCUCCGACGAGAGCUCGCGCUGUCCGAGUAUGGUAUUCAACAGCUCAACUCGAAGGUGCGCGAGGGACUGCAGUGGGUCCAGCAGCAUUGCCCCGUGAGAUCUCUGAAGGCGCAGAUUUUCUGCCAUCGAUGGGGCAUGGAGAAGGUUCACCAGCUUUUCUUACGGCUUCAGUCCCAGCAGCUCUCGAGAGCGUUCCGCAAGUGGAAUGCAUUCCUCAUGUUCGAGCGCAACAAGAUCAAGGCCAACAUGUUCCUGAAAUGCAAGGGCGGUCAGAAGAUGACGGCGAUCAUGAACAGGUGGCGACGGAAAGUCACAAGACGCAAGUUCGUACGCUGGAAGACCGAGUGUAUCGUACAAGCUCGCAACGAACUCCACUCAGCAGCCAUCGAGAUCCAGCGUGUCGUCCGCGGAGACCUCGCGCGUUUAUUACGGCUCCGAAUGCAAGAAGAGGUUGCUGUUAUCCACAUCCAGGCGUUCAUCCGAGGGCGAUUGGCACGGACGUUGGCGAGUCGAAAGCGUCAGGCGAAGCUGGAGCACGAGGCUGCCUGUCAGUUGCAGCGUUGUUACCGUGGCUACACUGGCAAACGACUGGCCCGAGCUUUGUUUAAAGCACAGCGAGAGACUCUCGCAGCGUGUCGUAUCCAACGAGCAUUCAGGAAUUUCCAGCGCCGGGAGCUUCUGCGUGUUAUCCAGCAGUCCAAGCUGGAGAACGACAGUGCCAUCAUCCUACAGUGCUCUAUACGCGGCUAUCUCGCUCGACGAGAGCGAAAACGUCGCGCAACUUGUCGACUACGAGAGCGCAGUGCCAAGGUACUGCAGCGAUAUGUACGCGGCUACCUCGCACGAUGCCGUGUGGUCAGGAUGAGGAAGCAGAUUCAGGCUGCCUUAAAGAUCCAGUGCUUCUUCCGCGUUUGUCGCGCUCGUCGUCGAGUGCACAUGUUGCGGACGGAAAAACAGACCAAGGAACGACAAGCGCUUGAACGCGCAGCAGCUGUCAGGGUCCAGACCCGGUGGCGCUGUUUUAUCACUCGAAAGCACUAUCUGCUUGACAGGCAACGGCGAGAGGAAGCUCAGAAGCUCGAGAGAUUUAAGCGACUCACCGGUGCUGUGGUGAUCCAGUCCUUGUAUCGUGGAUACGUCGCUCGACGUCGCGCACAACGAGCUCGGUACGAGAAGCUGAAAUGGAUGAACUUCACCCUCAUGAACACCAGCGCGUUGAAGAUCCAGGCGUUCUGGCGGGGCUAUCACGGUCGCCUGGCCUCUCAUCUUCGCCUGCAAGCACAGAAGGCACAACAACAUCAGGAAAACGAGGCAGCGAAGCGUAUUCAGGGCAUCACAAGGGGAAAAUUAGCCCGAGAGAAGCGACGCCAACUGGAACAGGAGCGUGCUACGUUAGCCUCGCAGCAACGCGCGCGCGUGAGAGCUGCCCUGCGUAUCCAGAAGGUGUUCCGUGGUAAGCAAGCUCGGAAACUAGUGCAGGAACUCCAGCACAGACAUCGCGAGGAAGCCCGGCUUGCUCUUGAGCGCUUGGUUCUACAGACUAAAACACGCGCUGCAACCAAAGUCCAGUGCUGCGCUCGACGAUUCCUGGCUCGUUGUCAGUACUUGUACCAAAGACAAGAGCUGGUGCGACGCAAGCAGCAAGAGGAGCUCCGACUCGCGCAGAACCAAGCUGCGAUUGUGCUCCAGUGUGCUAUCCGGCGUACUGGAGCCCGACGAGUCCUGCUGCAGCGACGAAGAGAGUUCGAGAAGCGAAUCUCCAUGAUGGCGUCCGAGAAGGCUCACGACGAGAUCGAGAGGCUGCGUCAGGAGCAGGAAGAAGAGCUUCUGCAGCUCAAGAUGCAGCUCAUGUUCCAGGCGAGCAGUGCAAAUGAGGAAGCAACAAAGCUGCGUGAGGAGCUGGCUCGACAACGCGAAGAAGAGGAAGCUCGACGCAAGGAGGAAGCCCAAGAGCUGGCUCGUCUUCGACUCGAGACGCUCAUGCAGCAGCGUGAAAUCGACACGCGAAUUGAGCACGACCAGCAGAAGAAGGUCGAGGCUCAACGACUGCGCGAGAAACUGGAGGCGGACAAGCAGGCGCAGCAGGAGAAGGAAGCCGCUGUGCGCACACAAGAGAACGAAGAGUUGGCGGCCUUGAAGCUCGCUUCCCUGCUUCCAGCGAUAGACGAGCAAGACAAGAUCGACCGCACACUGCAGCAAGAAGCUGAGCACUUGAAACAAGCGGCUCUCGCUAUCCAGAAGGACCAGGCUCGGUUGAAAAUCCACGCAAUUUGCUUGAAGCACGUGGCUCGCAAGCGGCUCGUCAAGCUUCAGCAAGCUCAAGCCGCAGCUAUGGCGAGUAUCCACGACGAGGAGCAGCGUUUGAGACUCCAGGCUGAACAGCACAAGGAGAUGGCUCUAGCGAGACUAAAAGUCAUGAUGGACGACGAGGCUCGAGCUCGCGAACAGGAGAUUAAAGAGCUCGAAGUCCAGAUGCUGGAACGCGCGAGAAAGGAGAAAGAACGGAUCGCUUUGUGCAACUCGUCGGCCAGGAAGAUCCAGUGUUGUGCUCGUGGGUACUUGGCUCGGCAGCGCGUGAAGGCUAUUCAGCAUAAAAUCGACAAGGAACGUGAGGACCGGGCGAAGGCAAUGCAAGAAACCAUUGAAGCAGCUGAAGCGGAGGUGGCUGAAGCUCUUAUCGAAGCUGGGGAGGCUGAGGCGAGUGUUGCUGACGACUCCGAGGAGACGAAGGCGGACGAGUGGGUCGAGUACUGGGACGAGAACGCACAGGCGUCGUAUUUCUACAACAUCCGCACGCAGGAGGCAAGUUGGACUCGGCCAGUCUCGACGCCAGCGGCAAAGGCGAUGGAGACCGUCACCGGGUUGGCAGAAAAACGCGAGGAGGACGCAGCAGCUGGAUAUGUCGACUACGCCGUCACUGGACAAGUGGACGCCAAUGGCAACCCUGUUACAGCACCUCCCGCCGAGAGCUACGCGGACGAGUACGGCUAUUACGAUCAGUACGGUCAGUAUCACUACUACGAACAGAACAACGCGGCGUACUAUGGUGCCCCGGCGUACGGACAAGGAUACCCACAGAUGAUGCAACCAAACUAUGCGGCCGCAGCUGCAGCCUAUCAGGUAGCAGCAGCGAUGGCAUUCGGCCAAGCCAUGAUGUAUGGCGCGCCGGUGAUGGGAUACGGGAACCCGGUAAUGGGUCAACCAGAGCAGCAGUAUCCUCAGGAGCCAGCAGCAGACGCGCCAGCCGAGACAGAGAAUGCGGUAGAAGCAGUCCCACCGGAUCCAUGGGAGAAGUUCUAUGACCAGUACACGGGCGCAGCAUAUUAUUACAACAACAUCACAGGAGAGCAGUACUGGGCAUAA